AAAGGGCGGCGUGAAGUGGGGCGGAGGUGCUGACGCCCUCGGGGGCAGACGGGUUCGGCAGAGAGAGCCGGGCUAAUCGGAGGGCUGGGAGGCCGCCACUGUGUGAAGCUUUAUAAGGGCAAGUGACGGUCUGGGCCUGCGAGAGCGUAACUCUGGACGUACGUACAGACUGGGGAACGAGAGGCUGGAGACCUCAUUUCCAUCGUCCUGGGGUUCCUGGUUGAUGGAAACUUGACUAUAAAUCAGCAGUGCCCUGGCAGGCAGGAGGGCCCGCCGUGUCCCGGGGGGCAUCAGGCCCAGCAUCGACAGCCGGCAAGGGAGGGAUUGUCCCUCUGCACUGGGGCGGCCUCACCUCCGGUGCUGGGGCAGCUCUGGGUGCCACAAUACAAAACAGACAUUAAACUAUUUGAGAGCUUCCAAAGGAGAGCUGUGAAAAUAGUCAAGGGUCUCGAGGGGGAGCCACAUGAGGAGCGGCUGAGAUCCCUUGAUCUGUCCAGCCUGGGGGGGACUGAGGGGAGACCUCACUGCAGUUACAGCUUCAUCAUGAGGGGAAGCAGAGGGGCAGACACUGAUCUCUGUGGUGCACAGUGACAGGAAACAAGAGAAUGGCCUGAGGUUGUGUCAGGAGAGAUCUAGGCUGGAUGUUAUUAGGCAAAGGUUUUUACCCAGAGAGUGAUUGGGCACUGGAGCAGGUUCUCCAGAAACCUGGUCUCAGCACCAAGCCUGCCAGAAUUCAAGAAGCAUUUGGAAGAUGCUCUCAGGAACAUGGUGUGAUUCUGGGGAUGUCCUGCGUAGAGUCAGGAGUUGGACUUCAGUGAUCCUUAGAACUCGGUAUCUGUGACAUGGGGAGAAGGAGUGCCUGAGGCUGCACUGGAGGCAGGGGCUCUUCUUCACAGCUGCUGUCCCUCAUGGGCUGUGCCCUUAACUCCUGUGGUGUCCUUAGCUGAACUGAGACCAGAUGCAAGCCCUGGCUGACCCGUGGGACUCCUCACCCAGGAGAUGGAAAAACUGGUUGCUUGUGUACAAAAAAAGCCAGAUGCUGUUUGUAGACUGAUUUGCUUUCCAUGGGCUGGAAGUGGAACUUCACAACUUGCUCAGUGGGGGAGACUCUUCAACGACUCAGUUGAAGUGUUCUGUAUAAGGCUUCCUGGAAGAGAAACUCGUCUUGAAGAGCCUUUUGCAAAAGACAUGACAAGUGUAGUUAAUGAAAUUACAAGUGUUUUGUUAAAAGAAUUGAAAGAAAAACCAUUUGCAUUUUUUGGUCACAGUUUUGGAACUUACAUGAGUUUUGCUGUCGCACUUCAUCUGAAAAAAAAGUAUGGACUGGAGCCAGUCCAUCUUUUCAUGUCAGCAGCACACUCCCCAAAUUCUGCAGCAUAUCUUGCUGUCAAAAGCAUAGUCCUACCUGAUGGACCCAAUGACCUUCUUGCAAUUAUGGAGAUUCUAGGAGGAAAUUUUGAGCUUCCACAUGAUGAAGACCUUUGGAGGGAUACGGCGCUUACUUUCAAAGAAGACGCCAAACUUUUUCAGACGUGUUCAUUUGAGAAGACAGAACUGAAUAUCCCCUUCUCCUGUGAUAUUACCUACUUUUGUGGGUCUGAUGAUAAAAUAUAUGAUGCAAAAGGUUGGCAAGAACUAACGAGUGGAGAUACUUCCUUUUAUGAGCUUCCUGGAGAUCACCUUUAUCUGCUGAAACCCUCUAAUGAAAGCUUCUUGAUAAAACACAUGACAAGAAGCAUAGAAAAUGGUCUAUGAGUAUUUCUCACAAUUUUUAAUAGCAGUGUAAGGUUGGUCCACAGCAAUUUGUAAUAAAUCACUUCUUUCUCUACAUUGCAGUUAUGCCUCAAAGUUGUUCUGUUCCUCUGUAAUCCUUUAUAAGGGGAUGUUUUCCUGAUGUUUUGAAAACAAACAUAGGCUUUGGGUCUUAACAAAGGUUUCAUCUUUUCCUUCUUCUCUUACAUGUGUACAAACUCUUCACUUUAUUCCAUAACCCUGUUUGCAAAAGCAUUAUGUCUAUGUUAUUUUACUGUUAGAGCUUCUGUUUGUCCGCUCCUAUCAAAAUGCUAAAUAUAAUUUAAUACCCACAAAAA